GAGGAGUUGAGUGAUCAUUUCUCAGAGAUGGAUCCGGUCAGACAGAGGUGGAUCUAUAUGUUCUUCAUGUACCCUUUCCUGUCUGGGGAGAGAGCAGCUGGAGGUGCUACACCUGUUAACUCUGGAGCAGAAGGCAGAGUUGUUGUUGCAUCCGGAGGUGGAGGGACUGGAGAAUGGAACCCUGAGUCUGGUGUUCCACACCCUGAUGACAGAAGUCCACCCCCCCAUGGAGAACUCCACCUGGACCACACCAGGGUACCCCAACCCCAUCUACCCCCCAUCCUACACCCCAGCAUACCCACCCAGACCCACGUCGGACGAACAAUACUCACCCCAACCCCCCUCACCCCAGGAGAGCCUUCGAGAGGUGGUGAACGGGUUCAUGGGGGUCUUCAGGCCUUUCGGAAGCUUCGUCAGGGAGUUUGUGUCGCUCACGCACAAAAAGCCCCUGUCUGAGAUCAGGAGCACCACUCUAACUCAGGUUGUGUUGAACUGGACUCUGGCCGAGCUGGCCGGGAACUACAGGUCCCAGGAAGACGAGCCAGAAGACUGGAUGGAAGACAUAUUGGACGUAGAGGACUGGUAUGACCAUGUAGUGGUGCCUGUUCUCCGCCGUGUCCUGCCCCACGACCAGACGCACAUACCUGGCAGCCUCAAGGCCGUUUUCCACAAAGUGUUCUACCUGAACUCAGAUAUGGACAGCAUGGACAAUGACACUAUGCCCCUUGACGUAUGUAGCAUCACCCUAGAGGAGAGAUCAUGUGGGUUGACCAAUGCUGUGGAGAAAGUGGCGCGCGUCCUGCACUGUGUUGCCCGUAGCAACUUGACGAUGUCCGAGGAGACUAUUAUGCGUCUGGUCGUGGAGCUGACGGGGCGGCUCAACUCAUUGGUCCAGAAGUUCUCCACCGCGAACUUCAGUGAGGUGGCGCUCCACUUCCAGGAGGUGUUUGGCCAGGCAGACUCCAAGGCUCUGACCCAGGAGAAUCUCAACGACCCAGACUUCAUCAGGCUCUGGUUCCAGAUCAAACUGAAGCCCCUGCUUCCCUCCGUCCCUCCCAGCCUUCUCUCCUGCCUCAGCACCAAGAACUUCACCUGCCCCGUCUACCAAGCCCUUGUGGGGGAGCUGAGUGAACAAAUUAAGCUGAUGGACCAGGAGGACGAGCAGAUGUAUGAAAUGCACGGUCACAUGAUCUACAAACAAUUCCUGUUGCCCUUCCUGUUGAAUCACAACUCCUCAGACCCACAGUGCAUCUCUUCAGCCAGUAGCAGUGCAGACUGGCUGAUCAAGAACUUUGGUGGAUUCUCUGCAUUCGCUCCUCUGAGGGAUUUCUAUGAUCUAAAUGGUAAUUUCUCUGCUUUGUCAGCCCUGGAGGUUCUCUCUCCAAAGCAGACUGCAGAGCUGGUGGUGUUGCCUCUUCCUGGUCUUCCAGGGAAAGCUGUCAUCAUCAACACAGUGUUUGACUACCUGACUGAGUCACCAAAGGAGAGGAAACUCCCUGACUUCCUGUACCACCUCAUAAGGCUGUCUGCGGAGAUAACAAUGCCCUGCAAAUCGUACAAAAUCAUCUUUGAGCGUCUGUACCAGGCCGUAUCGUCUGUACCUCCAGAGAUGGAGCCAGUCGUCUGGGCCAACAUAGACAACCUGAUGCAGACCGCUCCAGAAGGUUGUGGAUUGGUUGAACAGUGCCCAUCAACACCAUUUAAUUAUACCAGAGUCUGUGCUGGAGUCAACAGCUAUCCACUACAACACCACCUGCACAUGGGGAAUAUGACAGAAGUUCUAUGCAAUUUCAGCUUGGAACAGUAUGCUUGUUCACAGCUGAAAGACUUCACUGCAGAACACCUGGUGUCUCUUCUGAAAUGUAAACUGCCUGGCAACUCCUCUCACUCUAAAGAGACCUGGAAGGUUCUCCUCACCAAACUGACCUCUGUCUUAGACCAAGCUCUGGACAUGUUCUCCAAUAUGUCCAAACCUGUCAUUGGCCCAGCAGUAUCCCAGGUGCUAGAUGUGAUUGGAGAGAUCCGGGUCAACAGACUGACUGAGGAUCAGCUGAGAGACAGUGAUGUCAUCAGGAAGUGGUUCUCUGGGCGUCUGAGACUGUUCCUGCCGUCUGCAUCAGGAGGGUUUCUGCACUGCCUCAGCACCAAGAACCUCAGCUGUGACACGUAUCAACAGAUACUGAGGGAGUUCAGCAAUCAAUUUGACCAAAUGGACCAGAUGAGACAAGGGCUAGUGGUCAAAUACUUCAUCCAGCCCUUCCUGACCAAAAACUCCUCAGACUCUGGCUGUGUGUCCAGCUCUAACAGCAGUGUGGACUGGCUGCAGAAGAACUUGGGGCCAUUCUCAGUUCUUGUGUCCCUCAGGGACCUGCUAGAAUUCAACACAGACUUCUCUCCUUUGUCAGCCCUGGAGGUUCUCUCUCCAAAGCAGACAGCAGAGCUGGUGGUGUUGCCUCUUCCUGGUCUUCCAGGGAAAGCUGUCAUCAUCAACACAGUGUUUGACUACCUGUCUAUGUCACCAAAGGAGAGGAAACUCCCUGAGUUCCUGUACUACCUCAUCAGGCUCUCUGAAGAGAUGAUGCUACCAUGCGAUAGCUUUAAGACCAUCUUUGAGCGUCUGUACCAGGCCUUACCGUCUGUACCUCAAGAGAUGGAACCAGUCAUUCAGGCCAUUAUAGACAACCUGAUGCAGACCGCUCCAGAAGAUUGCUUGCCGAUGAAUAUGAAGUGUCCAAUAACACCAGCGAACGAUAGCAGAGUCUGUGAAGGAAAUGCCAGUGAUUCACUACAAAGUUAUUUGGCGACAUCAAAUACAGCGAACGUGCCGUGUAACUUUUCCCUGGAGGAGUAUGCCUGUGCAUUGCUGACAGACUUCACUGCAGAACACCUGGUGUCUCUUCUGAAAUGUAAACUGCCUGGCAACUCCUCUCACUCUAAAAAGACCUGGAAGGUUAUCCUCACCAAACUGACCUCUGUCUUAGACCAAGCUCUGGACAUGUUCUCCAAUAUGUCCAAACCUGUGAUUGGCCCAGCAGUAUCCCAGGCACUGGAUGUGAUUGGAGAGAUCCGGGUUAACAGGCUGACUGAGGAUCAGCUGAGAGACAGUGAUGUCAUCAGGAAGUGGUUCUCUGGGCGUCUGAGACUGUUCCUGCCGUUUGCAUCAGGAGGGUUUCUGCACUGCCUCAGCACCAAGAACCUCAGCUGUGAUACGUAUCAACAGAUACUGAGGGAGUUCAGCAAUCAAUUUGACCAAAUGGACCAGAUGAGACAAGAGCUGGUGGUCAAAUACUUCAUCCAGCCCUUCCUGACCAAAAACUCCUCAGACUCUGGCUGUGUGUCCAACUCUAACAGCAGUGUGGACUGGCUGCAGAAGAACUUGGGGCGGUUUUCAGUCCUGCUGUCCCUCCACGACCUGUUGAAACUCAACACAGACUUCUCUCCGUUGUCAGCCCUGGAGGUUCUCUCUCCAAAGCAGACUGCAGAGCUGGUGGUGUUGCCUCUUCCUGGUCUUCCAGGGAAAGAUGUCAUCAUCAACACAGUGUUUGACUACCUGUCUAAGUCACCAAAGGAGAGGAGACUCCCUGAGUUCUUGUACCACCUCUCCAGGCUGUCUGUGGUGACUCCAGUCGGCUGCCCGGUCUACCAGACCAUUUUUGUCAGGCUGUACCAAGCCAUGUCAGCAUUACCUCAAGAGAUGGAGCCAAUCAUCUGGGCCAGUGUUUAUGACCUCACAGAAUCUGCACCAAUGGAUUGUGCUCUGGUGCCAGUUAACCAACAGUGUCCAGUGUCAUCGCACAAUGCAACAAGAGUCUGUGCAAGUGUUGACAGUUCAUCUCUACAACAGCUCUUGGACUCUGGGAUCUCAACGGGACGUCUAUGUGACUUCAGCAUCAAACAAUACGCCUGCUCACAGCUGAAAGACCUCACAGCUGAGAACCUGGUCACACUGCUGAAAUGUAAACUAUCAGAGAACAACACAUACUCCAAAGAGACCUGGAAGCUGUUCUUCACUAAAGCUUCUGCAGUUCUGGAUCAGGCUCUUGUACUUCUCUCCAACCAGUCCAAGCCUGUGAUUGGCCCAGCAGUAUCCCAGGCGCUGGAUGUGAUUGGAGAGAUCCGGGUCAACAGACUGACUGAGGAUCAGCUGAGAGACAGUGACGUCAUCAGGAAGUGGUUCUCUGGGCGUCUGAGACUGUUCCUGCCGUCUGCAUCAGGAGGGUUUCUGCACUGCCUCAGCACCAAGAACCUCAGCUGUGACUCUUACCAAGCUGUGGUGAAGGAGUUUGGAGCCCAGUUUGAUCACAUGACCCUAGAGCAGCAGCAGCUGGUUCUGAAGGAGCUGGUCGUCCCCUUCCUGUCUCGAUCCACAACAGACUCUGGCUGUGUGUCCAGCUCUAACAGCAGUGUGGACUGGCUGCAAAAGAACUUGGGACCAUUUUCAGUUCCGGUGUCCCUCAGGGAUCUGCUGAAACUCAACACAGACUUCUCUCCUUUGUCAUCCCUGGAGGUUCUCUCUCCAAAGCAGACUGCAGAGCUGUUGGUGUUGCCUCUUCCUGGUCUUCCAGGGAAAGCUGUCAUCAUCAACACAGUGUUUGACUACCUGACUGAGUCACCAAAGGAGAGGAGACUCCCUGAGUUCCUGCAACAACUUGUCAGCCUGACCAAACAGGAAAAUAUCCCUUGUGCCUCCUACAAGAUCAUUUUCACCAGACUGGACGAGGCCGUACCCACUGUUACCAUGGAGAUAGAGUCAGCCCUCACCUCCAGCAAGACGGCUUUACUACAGACCGUCCAAUCAGGUUGCGUUGUAUACAGUGGAGAGUGCAAUGUCACCCCAGUUAAUGAGACAAAUGUUUGUGCUGGCGUCGACAGCACUGCUCUACAGGGUCACCUAGACAACGGGCAGAUCAGCGGAGUCCUCUGUGAUUUCAGCGUCGAUGUUUACGCUUGUGGCUCGCUGUCUGUGUUGACAUCAGAUAACUUGGUGAGCCUGUUGAAGUGUAAGCUGUCUGGUAACACCAGCCACUCAGCACAGAUCUGGAAACUGUUCUUCUCUAAGGUCUCAGUGGUUCUGGACUCAGCCCUGGAUCUCUUCUCCAACACCACACUAGACCCCAGCUCUCCAGCAGUGUCCCAGGCCCUGGAUGCUAUAAGAGAGGUAAGGCUGGACAGCUUCAGCCUGGCUAGUCUCGGAGAUCAGAAAAUCAUCAACCUCUGGUUCAACACCAGACUCCGUCCCUUCCUACCUGCCGUCUCCACUGACUUCCUGUCCUGCCUCAGCACCAAGAACUUCAGCUGCUCCGCCUACCAGACCAUCGUUCAGAUCCUGAGCAGCCACCACUCAGCCAUGGACCAGUCCAGACAGAUAUCAGUCUACACUACCUUCAUAGAGGUCUUUCUCUCCAGGAACAACACAGCAGACCCCAGCUGUAGCUCUGACACCCUGAACAGUGAAGACUGGCUGCUGAAGAACUUCAGAGGAUUCUCUGCCUUCGCCUCCUUCAAGGACAUGCAGAGACUACUGACCACCUUCUCUGUGAUGGAGGCCCUGCCCCAGCUAACAGUGAGACAGUUAGCAGAGGUGUCCUCUAGUCCAGACCAGCUCAGCUCUGCUGCAGACGUCACCAUGCUGAUGAACUACGUACCCAACAUCCUCUUCACUGACUUCUUCAAUGACUUCUCUCUAGCCAUCACCGGUCAAGAGUCUAAGUUCCCAGUGGCGGUGCGUUCAGCCAUGCUCCAGCAGGUGUUUGAACGCGGGAACCUAUCAGACCGCUCUGUUAGCGACCAGGAAGUACUCACCUGGCUUCAGAGCAGGCUCCGCCCACUGCUGAUCAACCUGUCCCCGCUCCACGUCGCCCCCCUCUUCAGUGUGGUCGCACAGAGGAACUGCAACAUCGGACAGCAGCUGGUGGAGGUGCUGAAUGCCACCCUCCCUACACUUCAGGACAACACACAGAGAAACAUCUACGAUCAAAUCACCCUCUCCCUCCAAGGCUCCUCCCCACUCCGUUGCUAUGGCGCAAACUACAACCACAGUUUCUAUGGUUACCUGGAGAGUUCCUUCCUGAGUUUCGGCUUCCCCAACCUGACCACCUUCCUCUCCCUCAUACCCCAUAGCCAGAUGGAACAGCUGGUGAAUUCUCUGCCUGUCUCUGACCUGGGUCGUUUCCUGCGCCGCCCCAACGUUGUCGACGACGACACAAAGCUCUGCCAACUCUACAGCAACUACACCAAGACCCCACUGUUCCUGGGGACUGAGAGUAUCCCUGAGUCAGUGAGGCGUCCCACACUGCCGUGUGUCUGGCCCCAGGCUCUCAGCAGCAGUCAGAGGUCAGAGGUCAACGCCUGGUUUGACCUGAGGCUGAAGAACUACCUGCCCUUCCUCACCAGGAGCCUGGUGACCUCCGCCGCUGUCAAGACCGCCCCUUGUCUGGCCUUCCAGAAACUCAUCUCAAUUCUGGGGAGUUAUAACUACAGCGCUGCAGACUUUGUGGAGAGAGAUGUGUACAGGGAGACCAUCAAGACGUAUCUCACCUCAGCGUCGGCUCCUAAGUGUUACAAUGCCAGUGAUCCAGAGCUCAACUCAACUGCCUGGUUUGCUGAGAACAUCGGACUCUUCAUCACUUAUCUUACUUUGGAAGACCUCAACACCUUUGGAUCAGCACAGGUGUUGCAGGUGUUCACAGUGAACCUGGUGAACAUAGGUCUACUGAACUACACUAGCCUGCCCCAGAACCUCACUGACUACUACACAUCACUGGUCUACCUACAGGACAGCAACUUCAACCCUCUGUUUCUUCCUCUGUUGUUUCGAUGUGUGGCCCCAGGGCCGGCCUUCAGGCAGCUGGACGCUGAGCAGAGCAUGAUCCUUCUACACAACCUGACUACACUGUGUACAAACCUGGACCCACAGGUGUCUGCAGCUCUAGCAGCUAACAUGGGAGAUAACAUAAACAGUAACACCAUCGCUGCCCUCGGCAGAGAGAGUACAGGUUUGUCUGAGGGUCAGAUCACCAUGGCACCCGCCAGCGUUCUGUGGGCUUCCUUCAGCAUUCUGAGCACUGUGAUUGGCUGGAACCAGGGCCAGGCCAUGGCCAUCAUCCAAUCACUGAUGCUGUCAGGAACCGUGCAGAUCAACAACGCAUCCACCUUGACAGCGCUGGGUUCCCUGGUGACCGGUGUUCCCUCGGCAACCUUAGGCAGCAUCAGCGGAACGGAACUCCUCUACGCGUCCCAGAAUCCCACAUUCAUAACAUACAUGCAGACCGCCCCGACGAUCUUAAUCCAGACUUUCGUCACUCAGUUGAUCACAGUGAACCCUAACCCAGACAGUAUUCUCCAGAACGUCCCAGACAGCAUGGCUACUGAGAUACCCAGGUCCCUGCUGCAGGGCUUCUCUCAGAGCAGUGUAGAGAAACUUAACCAGAAGACAUGGAGACACGAACAGGCUGUGUUGUUCUUUGAUACAGUGGCUCUAGGAAUUGACAACUCCGACAAUAUGUCAUCCAGCGUGCUCCAGGGCUUCACCUGCACCAGAGUGGCCAGUAUGACCACAACCAAGAUCAAGAACCUGGUCAAGGCCUGCAGGAGGAAGGGCAACAACAGGGUCGCACUGAGAGAGACUCAGUUGACCUGCAUGUACAACUACAUCAAGGAAGGGUCAGAUGUCACCAGCUACAACCUAUACCCUCCUGACAUGCUGCUUUACUACGCCUACAGUAAGGUAUCUCAGGACACCUGUAAGGACUACUUCAGGGAGCUGGGAGACGCAGACUUCUCCGUGUUCUCCAACGCUCUCAGCUUCAAACGCACAGCCCUGGUUAAUAAUGCCAAGACCUGCCUGGGUAUCAUCGGCACGGUUCUGAGCAGUGACAACCUGCAGGUCCUAGGUAACAUGGUGUGUGUUCUGGACGGUUCCUACAUCCAGAACUCUGACCAGCUCAUCCUGCAGAAACUACAGAACUGUAAUGACCUCACCGACGAACAGGUGGCUGCCAUAGAAACGCUGUUGACAUCUGGGAAAACACAGUACGGACUCCCAGCUACCUGGAACAGAGAGACCCUGGACAACCUGGGCAUUCUACCUCUCUACCUGACAUCCUCCUUCUACAGGAACUUCUCUAAGAAAGUAAAGGGCCAGUUCCUACAGUCAUUCCUGAAGGUGUUGAGAAAGAAUGGAACGUCCAGACAGAAGAAGAGGAGGAUGAAGACGGCUAUCAGACAGUCCAUCAUCGACCAAUCACAGUCCAAACGCUUCAUAGUGAGUGAAUGCACAGUGGGAAAUAUCACUCAGGUGACGAUCAGUGAGAGUACGUUCCCCUUCAACUACGAGACCGUGACCAAGUUCAACUGCUGCCUGACGGCCAAGACAGUUGUUGACAACCUGGACGCCAUCACCGCCAAGGUGGACGACCAGGAAUACCUUGAAGUGGUCCUGGCGAGACUCAGAGAGUUCUACUCCGCAAACUCCACCAUCCCAGAAGCAAAGGUGCAGGUUCUUGGGCCGGCUUCGUGCGUUGCCACGAAUGCUGACAUCACCAUGUGGAAUAUCACCAAGAUCGACACACUGUCAGCUCUGAUGGACUCCUCCUAUGGAAACUGGGAUGCUGCCAUGGUGCAGGCCAUCAUCAGUAAGUACCUGAGGAACUCAGGAAAUACUCUGGGCAGUGCAGAGCUCAACUCCAUCGGUGGACCCAACCUGUGUUCACUAGACAUCAGCCUCCUGAAGACCAUUACACAGAGUAGCCUGAGUAAGGCCAAUGCCCUGACGGUGACCAACUGCAACAUAACGAAGAAGAGAACGCUGUUCAUCAUUGCUGAAGGAGCCUUCCAGAGCCGUAGUACUGUCUCUGCUACCUCCUACCAGCUAACACAGCCAUACAUAGGUGGUGCUGACUCAGCCUACGUUCAGCGUCUGUCCACCUCUAACAUCAAUAUGGACAUGGACACUUUCAUCAGCCUGGACCCUACUGUUAUACAGACUCUGGGUGUGAGCCAGGUCAAAGGUCUGCUGGGUUCUAACCUGCCAGAGCUGAAGAGCUAUGAGAACCAGAGCGUGGUCCAGACCUGGAUCAGCACCCGUUUCCAGGCCGACCUGGACUCCCUGGGGCUGGAUCUUAAGGGGGGCAAGGCUGACCCCACCACGGUUGGUGUGGGGACCAUCAUACUUCCUAGUACCAGUGCAGGGGUAGCUGGAGGAGCUGGGCCAGUCACCACCGUGGCUGGAGGAGCUGGGCCAGUCACCACCGUGGCUGGAGGAGCUGGGCCAGUCACCACCGUAGCUGGAGGAGCUGGGUCAGUCACCACCGUAGCUGGAGGAGCUGGGCCAGUCACCACCGUAGCUGGAGGAGCUGGGCCAGUCACCACCGUGGCUGGAGGAGCUGGGUCAGUCACCACUGUGGCUGGAGGAGCUGGGCCAGUCACCACUGUGGCUGGAGGAGCUGGGCCAGUCACCACUGUGGCUGGAGGAGCUGGGCCAGUCACCACUGUGGCUGGAGGAGCUGGGCCAGUCACCACUGUGGCUGGAGGAGCUGGGCCAGUCACCACUGUGGCUGGAGGAGCUGGGUCAGUCACCACCGUAGCUGGAGGAGCUGGGUCAGUCACCACCGUAGCUGGAGGAGCUGGGUCAGUCACCACCGUAGCUGGAGGAGCUGGGUCAGUCACCACCGUAGCUGGAGGAGCUGCUACUACAGCAAGCGGCGGAGCGAUCAACAGACCAACGUUCGGCCUCCACCUUCUCCUCACCACUCUGGCCAUCGCUGUCCUGUACAUUCUACACUGAUUUCAGAGUGAGAGAGUUAACUGACUCCAUAGCAUCAAGUCGCAUUCGGCUCAGACAGGGAAAAACAUAAUGUAAAGUUCUCAAACAGGAAACAAAAAUAUAUACAUUUAGAGUCAGGUAGUGCCUUAGAUAUUGUAAAUAUCACUGAAUAAAAGGAUAUAUUGGAUCUAUCAAAAGACUGUAAAACAAUCUAGCACUUUAGUCACGUCAAUGUUUCUGCUUUGACAAGGUCUUCACACCAUUUUAUUUAAGUGUAUUCACUUUGUAUGUUGUAUGUGCUGUCUUGGUUGGAAUGAACUAUUUUCUGUCUUGGUGGCUGGAAUGAAGUCUGUUCUGUCUUGGUUGCUGGAACGUUGUUUAAAGAAGUAUUUUUAUGGCUCUAUUCAGUCUGUAUAUAGCUGAAAUGUAAAGGUCAUUUCCUAUUAAGCCAACAUCUGCAGCAUUUACCGUGAAUGCAGUCUACGCUACGGGAACAUUGCCUUUAAAUUUCAAUCAUGCUGUAACGCUGAACUUCCACGAUGUGGAUUGAAUAGAGCCCUUUGUCUUUGCCUUCCGGUGAAAAUAUGAAGGUAUUUCAUUAGAUGACAAAGAAGUAUUGUGUUGGUGAUGUCGUCUUUCUGGGAGAGCCAUUGAGAGCCAUCAGGGUUAGUAUCUCCAUACAGUACGCCAACACUUAUCUACCGAGCCAAAACGCUGUUCAUGUCAUGACAACCAAUUCCUCUAGUGUAGAAUGAUUCUGUCAUUAGAAUGUCACUGUGCUUCUGUUCAUGUCAGCUCAAACUGCUGUCUGUCUUCUCAAUGCUGCCAUUUGAUGAUACUAAAUAGCAGUUGAACGUAUGAUUUAAUUAAUAAAAAUAUAUAUUAUUGCACAAUCCCCCCCCAAAAAAUUAUAUUUUAUUCAUAAAGAAAUAAACAGCCUAUGAACUAACAACAAAAUAU